UUAACAGGAAAUAGCAGUAGCCUUAUAUAAACUUAAAGCCUGAUAACAAGCCACUAGAAAGUGUGCAUUUGUAGAAAUAGUACAAGACAGAAUGAAUGUUCAAUUUUUGAUAGUAUUUUUUCUUGCAGCUGUUCCAUGUCAGGCGACAGAAUCUGUUCUAAAUUUCUUUUCAGAAUUCAAACGAGGAACUGAUGGCCUUCAAACGAGAAUUGGUGGCCUUCAAACGAGAAAAGGUGACCUUCAAACGAGAAUUGAUGGCCUGGAAAAAGAAAUUAAAGCAUUGAAAGCAGAGAUUGGUACGAAAGGACCAAAUAAAGUUGCGUUUAUGGCUAAGAAUGCAGGUCCUUUACAGAACAUUCCUGCAAAUUAUAUUGUAGUAUACGACACAGCUAUAACAAAUUUAGGCAACGGAUACGAUACGUCCACUGGGAUUUUUACCGCUCCUUCAAAUGGUGUCUACAUCUUUUCCUGGACAUGUCUAAGUCAUGCAGGCUAUUACUUCCCCACUUAUCUCGCUGUAAACGGAAACCUGAUAGCCAGAAAUCACGCAGGGUCACGGAAUGUACAAGACCACAUCUCAGGAAGUCAGAAUGCUGUAAUUGAAAUUAAAAAGUACGAUAAAGUAUCCGUCAGAAUUCAAAAUGGACAUACAGGACAGUACAUGUAUGGUCAGGGUUGGUCAACUUUCAGUGGUUAUAAACAAUAUAACAUGUAAAAUUAUAGUAGUAAUAUAAAUAAAAAUCUUUCAGAU